CUCGCGCCCCAGCGCCCGCCGCCGCCGUCGCCUCCCGCUCCGCGCCCGCCGUCCCCCGUUCGCAACCGCAAAUCUCGCAAAAAUCGGCAUCUCCGUUCCGAUCUCCUCUUGCUCGCAUCCUCCUCCGGCGAUGGGGCGACGGCGCGAGCGUCGUCGGACUCGUCAGGAGAAGAUCUACUUUAGGCCGAACGUUUUGAGGACUAUAGGUGAGUGAGCUAGCCGCCAUGCCUGCCGUCAUCCUCCUCUCUCAAUCUCACACACGUCGGAAGUGAAAACGUCAGCAAGCUAUUCAAGCCAAAAAAUUGAAGAAUAAUGGGGUUAUGUUGCUGUUGUUUGAGACGCCCUCUGGUUUUGCACUCUUCUCUUCUUCUGAGGUUUACUUUCGCCUACCUAAUACUUUGAAGGAUAUCUGGGCAGAGUUUGCUGAUACUCGCCGACCAAUUUGUGCAGCUAUUCUGGCUGAAUUUCGAGCUUUUGCUGACAAAUCCAGCGCCAUUCAUGCUGAUACUGGUGUUAACAAAUGGCUUGCUGAUAUGAUCUACACGUGGCGCCUCCCAGGGAUGAAAUUGGCUGUUGGAAAGCCUGAAUAUAAAACAAUCAUUGAAUCAAAGUUGGGAAUACCCUGCGUGCACAAUGAAAUUGUGAUGGAGAUAAUGUGGGGCAUACAGCAUCUCAUGCACACGUUAGUGCCUGUGCCUCUAGAAAAAGCUGAGGUGGCUAAAGUUGACCGCUUCCCAAUGAGCCAAGGACUAAAAAUGUUCCUGAGUCGUUAUGGAUUUGAUGUCGAACCAGAGAUGCUCAAUGAGCAAAUUGUUGCGACGGCAGGCGCUUUGUUUCGUUGUGAUGCUGUCUUCAAGAAUUAUUUAGAAUACCUGGCCAAUGCUAGUAGGCGCUUUGAGAAUGUAUCUGGCAUUAAAUGUGAGCAUUGGGGUGCGCUGAAGGUUGCAACAGCUCUGAAGGUGGUAUGUUGCCCUGAAGAAGAUGAUAAUCUUCAUGAGGUGCUUUCAGAAGAUGAGCUAUUAAAGUUGAAAGAGGAGGCACCUAAAUAUAAAGAUCUUGUGUCUAAGCCCCAUUGCAUGAGAACCUAUGAGGAAAUUUCCAAAGCUCAUCGAAUUAGGGCUGAGAAGAGAAGAUUGUUGGGAUUCUUGGUUAAGGAAGCUAAGGCAGCGUGUGAGAAGGGUAAGCUGCACGGAGAAUCAGAGCAAAUUCCUCAAGAGCAUGUGAUGUUUGCUAAUCUCUGCAGGAUGAUUUUACCUCUGAUCUCUGCAUUGAAGCCACCUUAUGUGCAUGAGUUUCCUCUGCCAAAGGGUCUCAAGAGAUCCUGGGACUCUGCUUUUGAGCCACUUGUGCAAAAUAAGUCUACCUUUUGUGAAGGCUUAUCACUUGGUGAGACCGGUGGCACGCGGAUUGCAAGAAGAUUCAGUUUUUCUGGAGCCCAGCCUUCAACUUCCAAAGCCAUUGUGCCAUACAAGCCUAUUCCUCAUGUGCUGCUGAGUAUUUUGGCUGAAAGUCAGAAGAUCGAUGUUGAUAAUAUGGAUAGAGAUCAAUACACUAAUCUGGGAAAAUCUGUACUGGCUCCCUUGACCACUACAGAGCAAGUUGAAGUUGGGAUAGAAGCUACUCCCUUGGCUUCAGUUGGUGAUAGCAAUAGGGCCACCAAAGUCAGUGUCUAAACCAUCUUCUCCUUUUUGAUGGGAAGGUGCUCAGGCGCAGUCCAAGGCUGAAAAGGGACAGUACCUAUGAGCAUGUUCAGCUUGAGGAUACUCCUCGUAAGCGCCACAAGAAGAUUUCUGCAUCUCUGUUGUCGCAACAAAUAUUUCCCAUGAUGGGUAGUGGCUAGAGCAUUGACAGAAACUUUUGGGUUGUUCUAUGACCAGACUGCUGUAAUUUACCUUUUCCAAUUGUGCAUGUCCUUUAAACUUAGUUUUGCUUCAUGCUCUCUUGACUUUAAA